CGGAGCCGCUCCGGCAGCUCGGGCAGCGCCGGCCUCGCCCGCCCUCCCCGCGCCGAGGCUGCCCGCGGAAUGAGCGUUCCCCGGGCGGCUGCUGCUGCUGCCGCUGCCGCCUCCAGUCGGGCUCGGACGGGCGGGCAGGGAGCGCGGCUGCCGGCGCGGUCGCUGCAGCGGGAGCGGAGUGAAUGACCGAGAGGAGCGGCGCGGAGAGGCAGCCCCGGCAUCAGGAUGCGGGCGGCCGCCAGCAUCCUCAACCUCCUGCUGCUGUCCUUGCUGGCCGGCCUCAAUCCCUCCAAGACUCAGAUUAGCCCCAAGGAAGGGUGGCAGGUUUACAGUUCAGCCCAGGAUCCUGAUGGCCGUUGCAUUUGCACUGUUGUUGCACCUGAACAAAACCUGUGUUCAAGAGAUGCCAAAAGCAGGCAACUCAGACAACUGCUAGAGAAGGUUCAGAAUAUGUCCCAAUCUAUUGAAGUGUUAAACCUACGGACUCAGAGGGAUUUCCAGUAUGUUUUAAAAAUGGAAACACAAAUGAAAGGGCUGAAGGCCAAGUUUCGGCAAAUUGAAGAUGACCGGAAGACAUUAAUGACAAAGCAUUUUCAAGAAUUGAAAGAAAAGAUGGAUGAACUCCUGCCACUGAUCCCAGUUCUGGAACAAUACAAAACUGAUGCCAAAUUAAUCACCCAGUUCAAGGAGGAAAUUAGGAAUCUGUCUACUGUGCUCACUGGGAUUCAGGAAGAAAUUGGUGCUUAUGACUAUGACGAACUCCACCAGCGCGUACUCAGUUUAGAAACCAGGCUCCGGGACUGCAUGAAAAAGCUCACAUGUGGCAAAUUGAUGAAAAUAACAGGUCCCAUUACAGUGAAGAUAUCUGGAACCCGAUUUGGAGCCUGGAUGACGGAUCCAUUGGCAUCGGAGAAAAAUAACCGAGUCUGGUACAUGGAUAGUUACACUAACAAUAAAAUUGUCCGUGAAUAUAAAUCAAUGGCAGACUUUGUCAGUGGGGCCGAGUCAAGGACAUACAACCUUCCAUUCAAGUGGGCAGGCACCAACCACGUUGUCUACAAUGGCUCCCUCUAUUUCAACAAGUAUCAGAGCAACAUCAUCAUCAAAUACAGCUUUGACACCGGGCGGGUGCUCGCGCAGCGCAGCCUCGAGUACGCUGGCUUUCACAAUGUCUACCCUUACACCUGGGGGGGCUUCUCUGAUAUUGAUCUGAUGGCAGAUGAAAUCGGGCUGUGGGCUGUGUAUGCCACCAACCAGAACGCAGGCAACAUUGUCAUCAGCCAGCUAAACCAGGAUACUCUGGAGGUGCUGAAGAGCUGGAGCACAGGCUACCCAAAGAGAAGCGCUGGAGAAUCCUUCAUGAUCUGCGGCACCUUGUACGUUACUAACUCUCACUUAACAGGAGCCAAGGUCUACUAUUCGUAUUCCACAAAAACUUCCACUUACGAGUAUACAGACAUUCCUUUCCAUAAUCAGUAUUUCCAUAUAUCCAUGCUUGACUACAAUGCAAGAGAUAGAGCUCUCUAUGCCUGGAAUAACGGACAUCAAGUCCUGUUUAACGUCACCCUCUUCCACGUCAUUAAAACUGAAGAUGACACAUAAUUUUCUUUCCCUCACCUCCCUCCGUCAAAGCAGUCUCAUUUGUGAUUAACUCUAAAAGCAUCCAUCUCUCUCAGUUCCUUUUAAUUUACAUUUCUUUCUUCAUUGAGGAAAAGCAACAUUUUCUACUAUGUAAUGCAUUUCAAAUAUGGCUGAGCCUGUCAAAAAUGACCUGUCGGAAAUAAAAGCAUCUUAACUCAUGAUUCUACGAGGUCUGUCAAGACCUUGUCUUGAAAAGCACUAAAGAGGAUUUAAGUGGCUAAAGACAGUUUUUAAAAGAUUAUGAUCUGCCUUAUUUUAGAGUCAGAGACUAAUGUUGGCUUAAAUGCAUGAAUGUCUUUUUUUACCUCAUUUUUGGUUUUAAUCUAUUGCUUAACUUCAGGAAGCAUUUUGGUAGUGUCAGACACAUAUUGCACAUUGUAUUUUUUUAUUUAUUCAGAAAGAUUUAGGAACUUAAUUUACUUAGACAUGGAGUAUGAUUCAUUUUGCCAUCACCCAAUUUCAGAUGUGGUGCUGUACAGUAUGUUUUUAAAUCUCUUGCAAACAUUUUAUCGACAGUAUGUAUUUCUACCAUUGUAACCACCAUUGUGCAAUUGUAUCUCUUCACUUAUGUGAAAGUAAACUAAGUACUAUUUUUUAUAAAAUAUAUUGAAAUAAUUGCA